CUUCAGUGAUUACCACCUCUGAUUCCAGUUUCACUCACAGAACAGCAGAUAUUUCAUAUAGGUCAAAAGGUGCUCGAAGGCCUUUGGAUCUGUAUUCACAACAGCAUAAAUUAUUUCAUGAGAAAUGGUAAACACAACCAGAGCAAUUUAAACAUUACCCUAACCCCUUAAACAAACCCCGGCUGCCCCCGAUUGACAGUUUUAAGGCAAGUUUGUCAUUUUACUUGAUUAAGUCUGUCAUAAAAACAAAUUGUCAUUGAAAAGAUCCCCUUGACCAGAAAGACAAAAUGAAAUCAAAACUCUGGUAAGACAUUUGUUUUGCUGGAGAUUUGCAUAACCACAGCCAGGGAAAGGAAAUGCACAAAGAGAUCUGUCUGAUUUUAUGAUUUGGUCUCUUUCUCUUCAACCCACAGUUCAAACAGUAUUGGUUCACUAAAGCAUGUGCACAGGCUGAUGUCACGUCACUCGCAGUUUCUUUAGAGAAGGAAGCCAGCAUGCAAUCAAAAAGGGAGGAGAGAACUUUAUAGUGCCAGUUUGGGUUUGGUUUUCUUGACUUGACUGAGGUGGUACCAGCUGAGAAAAGGAAUCAGCGCUUGGAGAAGACAGCAAAAACAAUCCCCUCCUCCCACACGUUUGGCUUUGCAAAGGGAGUGUGCUAGUUCUAACUGACAGCAUUAGCACUGUGAGUGCAGAGGACAAGGCUGGACAUUCUCACUAUGCAUGUACAGAGAAGCAAGACAGGGCCCAGAGAAUGGAAGGAGCACUGGAACAGCCUUUGAUAACUUUUUUCCAACAAACCGAUUCAUUUUUGGUUUGGAAUUACAGAUCACAGAACAGGACAGGGAAGCUUCCCUUGCUGGAUUGUUUAUUAACUUUUCACAAUCUCCCCGAAUGGGGACAUUCAAAAAGGGGAUUUUAUUAACGCUUUGGGAAUCUUUGAUUGUGGAAUAUAUUGGAAACGACUGUGCAUACGGAUUGCUCUGGACAAACUUGUGAAUAGAUCGCUGGGAUUUUGUUAGCAGAAAAUGAACGAAACUUGCGAAUCGAAUUCGCUCAAGGAUUACAUCCAUUUCAUCUACGCGGUCACGUACACUGUGAUCCUGGUGCCCGGGCUGAUUGGUAAUGUGCUGGCACUUUGGGUGUUCUAUGCUUAUGUUAAGGAGACUAAGAAAGCUGUGAUCUUCAUGAUGAACCUGGCCAUCGCGGACCUGACCCAGGUGCUUACCCUGCCACUUCGGAUAUACUACUACCUGAGCCACUCCUGGCCUUUCGGAGAGUUCCUCUGCAUGUUUUGCUUCUACCUAAAGUAUGUCAACAUGUAUGCCAGCAUCUUCUUCCUUGCCUGCAUCAGCGUUCGGCGAUGUAUGUUUAUCAUCUACCCGCUGAGGUACAGUGGCACCAAGGGCAGGUUUGAUGUCUACCUCUGCAUCGGGGGCUGGGUUUUUGUCGUCUUGUCCUGCCUGCCUUUUCCUCUGCUGAGGCAAAGCUCAAACAACUCCACCUCCUUUAACCAGUGCUUCGCAGAGCUCCCAAUGAUGAAGGUCAAUGUGGCGACAGGAGUGACCAUGAUGACCCUGGCCGAACUGAUGGGCUUCGUGCUCCCGCUCAUGGUGGUCCUCACCUGCUCCUGGAAGACAGCCAUAUGCCUGCGUGAGAAGAACUAUGUGCUGCAGGACAGCGGCGAGAAGCGCAAGGCCUUCAAGAUGGUGCUCACGUGCGCCAUUGUUUUCCUGGUGUGCUUUGCUCCGUACCACAUCAGCUUCCCCUUCCACUUCCUGGCGGUGUCGAACGCAGUGUCCACCUGCAGCUUGAAGAUGGCCAUCCUCAAGCUGCACCCUGUCACCCUGUGCCUGGCCAGUCUGAACUGUUGCCUGGACCCUGUUAUGUACUACUUUACCACGGACGAGUUCAAGAGGAGGCUGUCCUGGCAGGAGCUGCCAGAGACUUUUCACCUUUAUAGAAAGUCGUCUUGUUCAGUGGCCACUGUGGAGAUGCCCCUAGAUGAAGUAACUAAUGACAUUCUGUAAAGUAGUUCAGUAUACUGAGAUUAAAUAUUCAACUCAAUUAAAAAAAAAAAAAAAAAAAAAGUCUGAGACUGUCCUGCCUCAGUGCUCAAGUUGUUUUUAACCUUAUACUACAUUUUGUCUAGCACACUGGGCAUUUAAUUAGAUGGUCCAAAUUGGGGCAAUCACAAUGAAGUAUAGCAUAUUUUAUACUCAGCCAACUUAAGCUUCACUAUCUAUUGCCCUGUAAAAACACAUGCAUAAACGCACAUUGCUUUUUCUAUGGCCUUGCAUCUAUGCUUCCUUUUGUUGACUAUUUUUUUUUCAACAACCAAUGAAACUGCCAAUGAAAAUUAGUUUAUUUCUCUAUUGUAUCAAUAGGUAUACUAUCAAUCCCAGAGUGAAAACCAGAAAAUGUACUUUUUUUUUGUUGCAGUUCAGUUCAGUAUAUAGGACUGCUAAUUCUACCCUUAUAAAUCUGUUAUUUUAAUCUGUUGUUCUUUUUUCAAAUGCAUAUUUUUUAUACAAGUGCAUUAGCUGGGAGGAAAAAAAAUGCAAUAAGAAUAAAACUGCGGGCAGCUAACAUUUUUUUUCUUUAAAUAUAUUAAUGAAUUAUUUAAAUGAAGGAACUUUUGUCUGUGAAUUUUGAAGAAAUGAUUUGGUUUAAAUGUUAACUGUCUAGAACUAAAGUACUUAUUUUUGUGGAUGGCAUGCUUUUGAACAACAGAGAUUUAACCCCACCCCACCUAUUAUCUCAGCAUAACGAUAUAGGAAUAAGAGUCCCAUUGCAUUGCAGUUUGGUCUACUCAAGAUUUCCUUAUAGUAGACAAACCACUGAGGUCAGAUAUUACCAAUUAAGCUCACAGUAAAUCCUGGAGUGGCUCAAACCGUCAUUCAACAGGAUUGUAGGUGGAUCCCUGUCCUCUAAAGCAAUGUCUUUGUUUUUCUUUCCACUACUUGCCAGUACUGUAACUCUGCUCUACACAUAAACACAAAGCUUUGAGAAAGUGCACCAGGCCAGUACAGACAGCAACCUUUACACUGACAACCAUGCUGGAAUGCACUUUUUGGAAACGUUUUGCAUGUUUGCUUAACUGAUGUGCAUUAUAAAGAAAAUAACAAGAUCGCCAUUUCAGAAGGCAGAAGACACACAAGUAGCAGAGAAGAACUAGACAUCUACAAAACUUGCACAAGUUGCGUUAUUUUAACUAAUAUUAUGCAAUUAUGUCAACAAAAAUAUUACUUUUUUUUUUAUUGUUAGGGAAGCACAGAAACCCUAUCAUGACUUAAAUGACCUUCCCUAUACGUUAUUUUUAACUGCAGUGUACAUUUCUAACAAUAUAUUUCCAUAAAUAAUAUCUAUCUUGUGUUAUUUAGGUCUCAUAUGUGCCAUUUCAGCAUGCCUCUUCAAGGUAACAUGAAGCUUAAAUAGACAUUUAAUUAAUUGGAAAAGCAGCGAUUGGUAAUGGAGAACUGCUUUUUUUUAAGUAAAAAAAAAAAAGAACCUCAAGCCCCAGAAACUUUCUUGCUUAAUAUUAUAAUCAAUUGUUGCAUUUUCUAUAAUUUGCAGUAAAUGAUGUUCAUUAAUACCUUUCAUAUAAUAAAGCAUUCAAGUAAUCAAUUACAUAAUUUUCCAUUCCUUUAACAGCCUACUUAUAUUAAGCCACUAUAAAAUACAUCUAUUGUAAGUCACUUGUAGUCUAUAUGACUUAAAUCUAACCCAGUAUCCAAAGAGCUGUGUGCAGCCCUUGAGCUGCAUCUGUGAAGUAGUUUUUCUUUGUGAGGUAUAGCAUGUCAUAUUGUGUAUCAGACAUAGCACCCUACUACAGGAGCACCCCACAGCGUUUAUUUAACAGGUUUUUAAUUUAUAUUUAAACACUGUAAAUAUAUGUCUGUCUGUGAUGUUAAGGUUUAUGAUUCCUAUAACCGUUAAAAAAAAUAUAUUA